ACAUAAACAUUCGAAUUUCGAGCGCGCGUCGUGUACAGACGCGUCUGUGAUAUUUACGCGGGAACAAAAUUUGUAUUAUCCGUAAAAAAUAUAACUUUUUUCGUUUUUAAAUUUGACAUAAUUUCAAUGUGAAAAAUGUUACUUCUUGCGGCUUUAUUUUUAUUUUGUUCACCAUCUUACGGUUACAUUUACGAAGAAGAGUGUUUAAAUUACACCAUAUAUCCCGCGCAAUACGAGCUCACAAUCAUCCCCCACGUGUUUAAAGACGGAACAUCGUAUUUCGACUGUGAAUUAUUCAUAACUGUCAUUGUUAACGCGCCAAAUAUAAAUGUCAUUGAAUUGGACGCAAAAGAUAUAGAAAUUAAAAGUGGUUCCAUCAAAGUGCUCAAUGGUGUGAAUGAUUUUGUAAAUCAUUAUCGACCUUAUGAAUUUGAUAAUAAAAAGGGCAAAUUGUACAUAUAUUUAAAGGAGCCACUGCAGCAGUAUAGCGUCUCAAGAACUCAGUAUGUUAUUCGAAUUUCUUAUGUAAAAUAUGUGAACAGCGAAAGUGAUGGAAUAUUUAUUGUUCCCUAUGAGGGUAAUGACGGAAAACUGAGAUACAUGUACACGACUCGGCUAUCCCCAAACAAAGCGAAGCAUUUCUUCCCCUGUUUCGAUAAUCCACAAUUCGAGGCGAUAAUCAAGUUCAGAGUGUACGUGGCGCCGCCGCGACCGGGCAUACAGUUCUGUAACACUACGCUUGUGGUCGCUGAUGAGUUGAAGAGGCAGAACUUCAAAGAUGACAGUUACGGCAUCAUCGAAUAUAUGCCAUCGCCCCAAAUCGGGGUGCAUCAAGCUGGUUUCCAUCAUUCCGAAUUCGGAAGUCGUGAGAUUAGGGUUAAAAAUGAUACAUUGGCGGUAUGGGCUCCGGUAUCAACAUUACCAUACAUUACAUUCACUCUGCAAUUCUGUGAGACGAUACUGAACAUGAUCCACCGUUAUUCGAUGAUAAACAGGCCUCUUGUGGAUGGGCCUAUAAAUAUAGUUGCCGUGCCGAAGAUCCUUAAUGGAUUUGAGAGUGCGAGCUGGAAUUUAUUGACAAAUAGCGAAACGCGAUUAGCCUAUGUAAAUGAUCAUACCAGUAUCAAACAAAUGGAAAGAACAAUGUUCGAGCUUGCUCAACAAUUGAGUAGGAUUUGGCUCGGAAACCCGGGGGAAAUAAAGCGAACUAGAUGGAUUGAAGAAUGGUUCAAAGAAGGUGUUGCUACCUACUUUGCGUACUAUUAUUUGACCCAGUACAAUCACGGUGAACAGAAAAUAAACAGAAUACCCUUAUCGACAUAUGGCUUACAAAUGAAACACAAAGCAAUGGCCAUUGACUGGCACCAUUCCACACCAGCUCUUGUAACGUUCAAUCGAUCUUUGGAGUUCGAAAUACCAGCGCGAUACAAGGAAUUGGUGACGAUGAAAACGGCAUCCAUUCUGUGGAUGGUGGAGAACUGGUUGGGCUCUGAGAAAUUCCAUCAAGCACUCGUAAAGUAUCUUAAUAGCAGGAAAGGCGGUUAUGUGUCUCUUGCUGAUUUCAUGGCUAGCCUAGAUCAUGACACUGUGGAAUGUCUACACCAAUUCUUUAACGGUUCUACUGCGUCUAAAGUACUUAGUUCUUGGUUCUACCAGCCGGGCUACCCAGUUGUUAGUGUGAACGUCUUGAGGGACAGAACACCUAAUGCGAUUCAGUUAAAACAGCGCAAAUUCAGUUUCGACCAGCACAAUCGUUUCGACUCGAAUUACCUCAUUCCGAUUUCUUAUAUCGUUCAAAGGAACGAGAAUUGCUUUAACUGCCUCCAGCCAAGAUUCACCAUUGGCCAGACUUAUACAUUUGGGGAAAACCUGAACGGUGGCUGGAUUAUACUCAACAGAAAUGCUUCUGGGUAUUAUAGAGUAAAUUAUGAUGAUGAAACGUGGAGGUUAAUAGCAAAGACUCUUAAAGAGAAUAGGCUAGCGAUCAGCGAACUAAAUAGAGCCCAAAUUGUUAAUGACAUAUUAGCUCUGUAUGUGGCGGGAGAUGUAAGUGAAGAUAUAGCAAUGGAAGUUCUAGACUACCUGAAUACAGAAUUGAGUCCAAUGGUUUGGGACGCGGUGGUCAGUGGGUUUGAUUUAUUGAGAACAGAAGGGGCAGCUAUGACCAAGAUCUUGUAUGAUGAAUGGCAGGAUUUCAUGCGACGAAAAGUAUCCACGAUAUACAAAAGGCUCUUGGACGAUAUUGAGCAAAGACCGAAAAUAAGACUUUUCCGAAGCAAUAUCAUCGAGUUUGCAUGUUCGAUCAAGCAUAAACCAUGUUUAGACGAUAUGUGGAGAAUGUACACUGACCAUAGAAAUGGCAGAGUGAGAUUCAGUCCCGAUGUACGUGAGGCGUGCUACUCCGUAGUUUUAAAUAGUGAAAAUGGCAAUUUAGAUACGAAUAAUAUGAAUAGAUAUGAGAUGGAAGAUAAAUCCAACGCAGAACACAAAGUGCGAGAUGAGAGGAGAUUUCUCUAUCGCGUACCGAUGGGCCAUCCGAAACCACUUCCGAUAAUCAUGUCGACUACGACCACUACAGAGGCAACCGUAACGAUUACACCUGAUUGUGAUGCUUCUGUUAUAAACGCUAUUUCCAUAGCUUUAUUAGGUUUUGCCUUAUUGAUAAGUUUAACUAUAAGAUAAAUCAUUUAAAUGUUUAAAUUCAUACUUUAUUAUGCUAUAUUAUACGGUCGUAUUUCCCAUGAAAUAUAAUUGUAGAAUAUUUUACUAUUCUUCAAAACAAUGUUUAUCCUAGUAUUUUCUUGUGUUUGAUUUUACGCGAGUAUUAUACAUUUAGAAAUUAAAGACUUUUAAACGG